CAGCUCGCCGGAGCCGGUUAGCUAGAUGUGGGGGAACCGAUAACUUGAGCGUCAAACCACCACCAACCGGAGAAGCGGCCGUUGACCAAUGACCGCCCGCCACCCCGCGGCCGAGUCCAGAGCCCAUCGCCUCCAACUACAGCAGAGCCAACAGCGCAGAGCAGCGGAAUGGCGGACAAACGCAGCAACCCGCAGCUCCACCACAUGAUCAGGAUCAGGCUCCCAUGUGCGCCAUGGAUCGACCGGCCCAAUUCUGGGCCCCGGCGCUCGGUGAUGCCCAUCUUCUGCCGGUGGCAUGAAUAGCUGCGGCCACUGCUACCGGUAGCAGUAGAUGAAAGAAAGUCCCGCUCCCUUUCCACUCCAUAGUUAUCUGCUGGGAGAACCCGAGGUGGGACAGGCGGGGUGGGACAAUGGGAGGGAGAGUGGGGACGAGGGGAGAUCGGUAUAGUAUGUCACGCGGGCGAGGGAACGGGUCGUCCAGUAGAAAAAGGUAUCGGAGUCCACGGGAAUUUAGUCCGGCCCCUGUCUGCACACCACUGACUCUGGAGCACACGUAGUCCGGCUGUGCCACGUCAGUCACCGCUCGAUCCGAAUGACUCACCUUCACCCCAUGGUUAAAAGAGGCGCGCAUGUAUGCGGGGACUUGAAAUGGGUCGGUAACUGCCUCGCAUCAUCAUCAUCCGUCUUCGAGAUCGGCUGCCCGGCCCCUCCUGCCGAUCCUCGCAGCCACAGCUAAAGACGAAAGCGAAAAAGAAAAAGAAAGCAGAAGAAGAUCAAGGAGCCGUAAUAGGAGAGAAGCUGUCGUCGUCGUCGUAGUAGUAGUUGUUGUAGCAGCAGCAUCGGUAGCCGCGGUAGGAGGAGGCGAAUCCCACCAGUUGGUGGUGAUUGGCUGCGGGAGAUGAAUGACGACUGCGUACCAGGUAGCGAUCAGCACCUGAGACCAAACGUGGUGUAUUCAUGGCUCCCUAGCAUGCCAUGGCAUGCCAUGCCAUGCCCUGCCCUGCGUUGCCUUGCCAGCCCUCUGCAAUUCCCCCCAUCUUCGUCGAUCCGCUCUGUUCUGUUGCUCUGCAUUGUAUCGUGCUCGUCACCCCCUCAUCGCAUCGCAUCCGAUCGCAUCUAUCUGCCACAAUCCAUCGUCGAUCCACCAUCUUUCCGUUGGCGCGAGGCAUACUACACUCACUCGCUCGCUCGCUCACAGUGCUGGCUGUAUGUAUGUAGGUAGGCAGGCAGACAGAUAGAUAAACAGACAGACGCAGGCACUGACUGCUGCUGCUGCUGCUGCUGCUGUACAUUCAAAGCUUCACCAUCCCCUUCCCCUUCCUUCCGCUGCCCGUCUCCCCCUUCUUCCCCUUCACCGUAACCCGAACGUCGAAACGAACGAUCGCAGCGAGCGAAGCAAUCUGUCCUUGUCUGCGUGUGCGGAUUUGUUGCUCCACUGUUUGUUCUUUCAUCAUCCAUCUUGGGCCUGCUGCAAGCCCAGCCCAGCCCAGCCAAGCAGCGAGCAAGCGAGCCAAAGACAGACAGAUAGACAGACAGAGGGAGGCAGAGAGAGUCUGAGUCUCAGAAAGAGAGGGAGGGAGAGAGGGAGAGAGAGAGAGAGAUGGAGAGAGCGAGUGGAGUGUCGUAGUGCGUAGAGGGCACUGGAACCACGACUGGGCCGGG